GAGAGAGCUGCACCGAGGCGCAGAAAGAGAGAGAGAGGGAGGGAGAGACGGGCAGAGGAGAGCUGGUCUGCGGGCUGUUUCCACCCACAACUGCCUUCCUCACGCUGGGUUUUGGGCUGGUUUGGGAACUGUCCCCCCCCCGGGCUGAGCCGCCGCUGCUGUCUGUCCUGCAUGGCUCCGGAGCCGAGGGGAAGUUCUCCGUAGAGCCGCGAGGGUCUGGUGCGUUUUGGAGCAGCAGAAAGGGGAGGAGGAAGAGGCUGCUUGCUGGAUUAUUACUUACACACACACACACACACACACACACACACUGCACGGCGCUCCACACAGGAAAGCCCAGCGGACAAACCGCUCCCGGAGCCCGGGCCUGGCUGCGGGUCGCGGUUUUACGCAGCGUCCCCCUGCGCUUCGGUGUUUUGUCUUUUAAAUGUUGGAGGAGGAUCCGGAGGACCGCGGGAGCAAAGCUGGCGGCGCAGCGGCGACCGCCACCAACUAGAAGGAAUAUGUGGCUGUCCUGGCUGACAUGUGCACUCGUGCUGGGAACUUUGUGUGCAGCUCCCCUCCACCCUCCUGCUGCGUCUCUGCUUUAUCAGAGUCUCUGACUCAGUGCUCCGCAUGAUCUGGGCUGAGCCAUGGGAAGGCCAACAUGAGGGAGUGUGUGUACUACAACGUCAACUACGAGAUCGAGAAGACCAACCAGAGCGGAGUGGAGCUCUGCGAGGACGAGAAGGACAAGCGCUCGCACUGCUACGCCUCCUGGAGGAACAACUCCGGCUCCAUCGAGCUGGUGAAAAAAGGAUGCUGGCUGGACGACUUCAACUGCUAUGACCGGCAGGAGUGCGUGGCCACCGAGGAGAGCCCGCAGGUCUUCUUCUGCUGCUGUGAAGGAAACUUCUGCAACCAGCAGUUCACCCACCUGCCGGAUGUCACCGUGCCACUGAUCAAGGCCCCGCCCUCCAGUGUGGGCGUGUUAAAUGUGAUGAUUUACUGCCUGCUGCCCGUCACCAUGCUGUCGGUCACCCUGCUCACCGCCAUCUGGAUGUAUCGACACCGCAAACCUCCGUACGGACACGUGGACAUCGCCGAGGACCCCGGUCCACCUCCUGCCUCCCCCCUGCUGGGUCUCAAGCCGCUGCAGCUGCUCGAGGUGAAAGCCAGCGGGCGCUUCGGCUGCGUCUGGAAGGCCCAGAUGAUGAACGAAUACGUGGCUGUGAAGAUCUUUCCCAUCCAGGUACGUUUCCUCAUUGGCUGUUCCUCCGAGUGUCGGUGCUGUUGUUGUGUCUCCAACCCCUUCAUCACCUCCUCUGCUUCCCGACAGAAUAAAGAUUCAUGGGAGAAUGAGAGGGACGUGUUCAUGACGCCGGGAAUGAGACACGAAAACAUCCUGAGGUUCAUCGCCGCAGAGAAACGAGGGAGUCACCUGGAGGCCGAGCUGUGGCUCAUCACAGAGUUCCACGAGAGGGGCUCCCUGUCAGACUUCCUGAAGGGAAACGUGGUCAGCUGGUCCGAGCUGUGUCACAUAGCCGAGUCGCUGGCGUGUGGCCUGGCUUACCUCCACGAAGACAUCCCCCGGCUGAAAGGAGAGGGACCCAAACCGGCCAUCGCCCACAGGGAUUUGAAGAGUAAGAACAUCAUGCUGCGCUCUGACCUCACAGCAGUGAUCGGAGACUUCGGCCUCGCCGUGCUUUUCGAGCCGGGGAAACCGCCAGGAGAGACGCAUGGACAGGUGGGCACCAGGCGGUACAUGGCUCCCGAGGUCUUAGAAGGAGCCAUCAACUUCCAGCGAGACGCCUUCCUUCGAAUCGACAUGUACGCCAUGGGCCUGGUGCUGUGGGAGCUGGUGUCCCGCUGCAAGGCUGCAGACGGGCCAGUGGAUGAGUACAUGCUGCCUUUCGAGGAGGAGGUUGGUCAGCAUCCAUCACUGGAGGACCUGCAGGAAGUCGUGGUCCACAAGAAGAUGAGACCGGCCAUCAAAGAGCUCUGGCUUAAACACAACGGUCUGGCUCAGAUCUGUGAGUCGGUGGAGGAGUGCUGGGAUCACGACGCCGAGGCUCGACUAUCGGCCGGCUGCGUGGAGGAGAGGAUCGCCCAGAUCCGCCGCCUCACCGCCACCAUCACCCCACCUACCUCCGAAAACAACACCCUGCUGGUGUCCUCCGUCGCACCCGUUCCCAUGGUAACUAAUGUGGAUCUGCCGCCCAAAGAGUCCAGUAUAUGAGGAGGAAGAAACGACGCGCACACACCACGCUGUCUUUCCUCAGUGGAAGUUCGGGCGUUAGAGCAGCUGCUAUUUUACUCUCUGGACUUUUUUUUGAACUCUUUAUGUGAUUCCCUCUCAGUCCUUCUGGACGAAGAGUACCAGCACACCUUGUUUUUCUUAAGUUUUUCUCUCAGUAUGACUCAUUCGUGUCUUUUUUAACCAGGUGUGUGUUUUAUGAGAAAACGCAUUCAGGUCCCGACUCAGUGAAUGCUCUUCUAUCUCCAGGUACCUCAGCGACCAUUUUUCUUCGCUCAUUUUUUUACUGUUUUCCUCGCUCAUUCUUUCCUCUGCUGUCGUCCGCUCACAUCUGGAUCUACCUACCUGACAACAGCGUCCCCUAGCAACCACCUUCCACCAGGCGACCGUUGGGACAUUUUAUUACGAUGCUGCAAAACCCUUGUAGGAACCCCAAGACUGUUACACAGGAAACACCUACUGACAGCAGACCAUUUUCUACCUUUUCCUGGACUCUUUCUUUUUUUUUAUCGUUCUCCUGCGACAACACGUUGCUAUUCACACCUUCGGAUCCAACGGGUUGCAUCCAAAAAAGACGGAAACAGGAAGUGAGGUCAGAAGGAAAAAGGCAACAUUGGACUGUUGGGUUUUAGCGUGGCGGUUUCCCUUCUCUCGUGUUUUGUGUUCAGCUCUUCUAGUGUGAGGGUGAAGGCUGAGAGAACUCUGAUUGGUGGAUCUGGGAGGCAGACGCCUUGUAUGCAGAGGUUUGAUUGGCUAACUGCGCUCAACCACAGCAUUUUGGUUGGUUCGGAAAUAUUUUCUCAGGUAACCAUGUCUACAGGGGUGUGUGGGUGGGGGGUGUGG